AUGGAAGCGCGCCGCGUUGGUGCAUCCUUAUCUGAAGACAAGAUGUUCGCGCCUGGUAUGACAGUAUCAAACGUUCAGCUCAAGACAAAGGGUUUGGAGGAGCAGCGCCAGCUUGACAAUGAAUGUAGUUCAUCGCCAGGCUUGGCUGUGCGAGAAGCGGAUAAUCAUACUGGAACCACCAGCGCACGGAAGCUUGACACCUGCGCUGUAGAGCUCGUUCGAGCUCUGCAAGGAGGAAACUAUGUACUACAGGAAAUAGUCCUAGAACAAGGACGAAGCAUUCGGACCCAAAGGGGAGCAUUGGAGAGGGCUGAGCCAAACGAGGAACUUCUCAGAGAGGCCCGUGAGCGGGAGAGGUUGCUUUAUGAACAGCUGCAGCAAAUCCAGUGCCAGUAUGAAGUACUGAAAAAGGAAAACCAAACGCUGAAGCAUGCGCUCAUGAAUACAGCACAGGAAUCUGUUGAUAAGGACGACACAAUUCUCAGGGAUAGAAAGGAAUAUGAUGCGCUUCGGACGGAGGUAAAGAACGCAACCCGCAACGCUCAAGACGCCAGAUACCUGGCUCAGAUGGAAAGAGAGAGGCGGAUUGCUCAAGUGACGCAACUGAAAUCUCAGUUGGAAAAGUGGAAGAGACACCUUUGCCACCAACAUACCCUUGUUGACACGAAACAGUACGGCAUAUGCACCAGCGUUAUACCGGAAAUUCUUGAUGCACUUAUACAGGGCUGCUGA